AUGGCUUUUUGGGAAGAAGAUAAAUUGCUUAAAUUGGAUUUAUACAGAAAUCAUAUCAUAUUUUACAAACGUUUUGUGGACGAUUUAUUUUUUCUGUGGCAUGGUGAUAUACAUGACCUAUCAAUUUUUGAACGACAAGUAAAUGAACUUACUUCAUUUCUUAAGUUCACUAUGAAUUAUUCAGCCACUAAUAUAUCUUUUUUAGAUGUCAAUGUUUGGCGUCUGAAUGAUGGUCACUUUAACACAGGAGUACACCGUAAACCUUGCCAUAGAAAUGCUCUUUUACAUAGAGAAAGCAUGCAUCCUCCACACGUUUUUAAAAAUGUCCUGAAAGGACAAGGUAUGAGGAUGUCCAGGUUAAAUCCAUGUUCCCAGAAAUUCCAUGAAGAAUUAACAGACUUGCAGAAUAAAUUUAUUGACAGGAAGUACAGUUCUGUAGAAAUUAAUGGUAUUUUUAAUGAAGUUAAGAACAUGCGACAUAGUUGUGCAUGUCCUAUAUUUUAUGAACCUGGCAUAACUGAGUAUAGAUUAAAAACCAAUGUUACCAAUACAGAAGAUUGCAAAAUUAGGUUUACGUUGCAAUAUACCAAAGAUAUAGGCUAUGUAUUCCGGAAGGACCUCAUCAGUGCCAUGAAAAUUCCAGAUUCUCAGCACAUUAAUUUGGAUGAGUACUACAGGUUGAUAGACACGUGGAGGCAGGAGUGGGAAAAAGGAGUCCAGGUCCCUGCAAGCCCAGACACAAUUCCACAGCCUUCUUUCAGGAUAAUUGCUGAAAAGCUGAAGGAGGUGCUGUUUACUCGACCCAGGAAGCUUGUCCGCUGUUCUGCCCAUGAGCUAUGUGAAACUGGAUACAUUAAUAUCAUUGAACUUGCAGAUUCCAUGUGCCGGUAUGAUUUGGAUGAUACAGAUAUUCAUUGGUUAGAAGAGCUUAAUGAAGAACUACAUGAAAUGGGUUUUGGACCUGUUGAUGAGGCUACAAUGGAGAAGGCCAUAGAAUGCCUGGAGAGACACUGUCAUGAGAAAAUGAAUCAUGCAAUUGAAACUGAAGAAGGGCUGGGAAUAGAAUAUGAUGAAGAUGUAAUCUGUGAUGUUUGUCGCUCCCCUGACAGUGAGGAAGGAAAUGAUAUGGUGUUCUGUGAUAAGUGCAACAUAUGUGUCCAUCAGGCAUGCUAUGGGAUUUUAAAGGUUCCUGAAGGUAGUUGGUUGUGUCGCACCUGUGUACUGGGAAUUUAUCCACAGUGUCUUUUAUGUCCUAAGAGAGGUGGGGCGAUGAAGGCUACAAAGACAGGGACCAAAUGGGCACAUGUCAGCUGUGCCCUAUGGAUACCAGAGGUUAGCAUUGCUUGUCCAGAAAGGAUGGAGCCAGUUACAAAGGUUUCCCGUAUUCCGCCAAGUCGAUGGGCACUAAUCUGCAGUUUAUGCAAACUGAAAACAGGUGCUUGCAUUCAGUGCUCUGUAAAAAGCUGCAUCACAGCCUUUCACGUCACCUGUGCUUUUGAGCAAAACUUGGAAAUGAAGACUGUCCUGGAUGAAGGGGAUGAAGUGAAGUUCAAGUCUUACUGUCUUAAGCACAGCAAGAACAAACCAUCACAGUCACAGGUAGACACUGAAGAACAUUUGAAGGUUUCUGAGAUAAAACACAAACAUGCAAACAUUGAAAAAACUAAUGUACGUACUCAAAAACUGAAAGAACUAGAAGAAGAAUUUUACACUUUGGUGGACAUACAAGAUGUAGCUGCUGAACUGACUUUGUCUGCGUUUAUAGUAGACUUCAUUUAUAAGUACUGGAAGUUGAAACGGAAGAGCAACUUUAACAAACCUCUACUGCCUCCCAAGGAGGAUGAAGAGAACGGCUUAGUGCAGCCUAAAGAAGACAGUGUUCAUACAAGGAUGAGGAUGUUUAUGCACCUCAGGCAAGAUUUGGAAAGGGUGAGAAAUCUUUGCUACAUGGUGAGCAGAAGGGAAAAACUGAAGCUUUCACACAGCAAAUCCCAGGAACAGAUCUUCAAUCUACAGGUUCAUCUUAUAAAUCAGGAACUUGCUGCAGGUCUUCCCCUGUCAUCUUCUUUGGAAAAUGUUCUCUUCCAUCCUCCUCCAAGAAUAACUUUGAAGUUAAAAAUGCCCAAAACAGCAGGUGGUAGCAGCAGGAAGAAGUCAGUUAAGCCUGGGAGUAGCCCACUUUUACAUGAUAUUAGUGGUGAUGUUUACACCAAGAAUAAUAAACUGCAGAGACUACCAGAAGUAAAUGAGAAGAAAACUAAGUGUCACCGUAGAGCUGAAACCAAGAACAUAAGUAAUGGUCUUUUAAUGGCAGGUAGUCACACCAAGCAUGAGUCAGUUGAUGGUUCAUCUACAUUCACACCAAAAUCUCAUAGGAAACAGUCAUCUGGCAAACCAUUAGCACUUCAUGCUGCCUUGCACGAACACUCAUCCAGCAGGAAUGAUAAACUGAAGCAGAAGAGUUCAAGGCUGCCCAUCCCCAAUGGACUGGAGAGCAAGACUAAUGAUGUGUCUAAGACAGGCAGCUUCAAACAGACUUCUUGCAAACAUAAUAAAGUUCCAGUAAAUUUGGCCUGCCAGAGUGGUUUAAGAAAACCAGCAUUGGAAAACUUUAGUAAGUCCUUUAAGGAAGUAGCCAACAAUUUAGUGAGAACUUCAGGUGACCUCCAAGGCUUUGUCAAACCUGUGAAAAAAUCAUCAGCCAAGGAACAUCUAUGGGGUAAGCAGCUUUCUGAGCAGCGUGCUAAAGGAGCUCCAUCUCAGGACAGUGAUGGUUAUUGUCCCGAUUUGGAACUCAGUGACUCAGAGAUUGAAGCAGAUAAGAAAAGUGAGCGACUCAGAUCACGGAAAAGCAGCUCUGAGAGAGAAAGCCCCUGUAAAGAUUUUAAUCGUGAUUCACAGAAAAGAGGGAGCAGAAGUAAAAUGGGCUUCAUCAGUCGUGGUUCUGUUAAAAGGUGAUGAUUGUUCUGCUAGACAUCACUAACAAACCGGUAUGCAUAGGUGCCUCACUUCUUAUACAUAUGGUGAAGAUAUCAGCAUGUCUUCGUUAUAUCAAAUCAUCACUGUGUUGUGCUGCAUCCAAGAGUAUACUUUUUACUGACAGUUAUGUAGUAUAGCAGCUGUUCAAGUGGGCAUGAAGAUUAUUCUUUAUUUAUAAGCAAGUCACAUCCUGUUCCAUUGAAUUAAUGUCUGCAGCUAAAGCUGUCUCAUACCUUCAUUUGUUCAAAAAGAUGUAGGGCAAACAGGCUGAUACAUAUCUGAUCACUGUUAUUGCAGAGAAUGAAUGAAACUGAAUAGUUUCACAAAUGCUAGGUAGAACUUUAAUAGAAAUUUUGUCACGCUGGAGGCAUGUUUCCAUUUAGUACUACCCAAGCAGAGGCACAAUUAACAGGCACUGUUGGAAAAAAACACACUAACCUCCAAGCCUGUCCAUGUUAAAAAUCAUUGCUUGUCUUUACUGUAGCUUAUUUCAUGCAAUACAUACUGAGCUGCUUCUACUUUUUCAGUGCCUGUAUGGGUCUUAGUUGCUCAUUGUGGAGUGCACUUGUAAAUAUUUCUUCCCACCAAAUACGUUCUUUUGAAAAUGUUGUUUUUAUAGUAUUGUUUAAAAUAACAGAUGUACUUCAUAUGGAAUGUUUUCUGAAAGGAAAAUGUUGGCAGCCAUUUCUUAUGGUAUAUAUUUCGUCAAUAUAAUAUUAUGCGCAUUUUUAUUAGCAAAAGAAUUUGGGUGCAUAUGUUUUAAAAUUAAUGUUUUUCUAACUUACCGAAAAUCCCCACUCCCUAAAUUAAAAACACUUGACUAAUGAAUUAGCAUUUGCAGUCCAAAGUUGAGCAAUAUUUUAACAGUUCUUUUGUAGAGCUGUGCUUGCUAACAUUGACAUUCUUUUCCACCCAUCCAUUGAACAAUAAGCUAUGCUGAAAAAAGUAUAUUGCUGGUAAUAUUGUCCACAUGAAUCUUUUCACUAAACAUUCUCACCUCUUCUUUUUCAGAUAAUGUAUUUAUAAAUGUCUCUGUCAAUAUCUACCUAAACGUACAUAUAUGCGUGCGUGUGU